AUGUGCUAUGAAGAGACACGGCCAUCACUUCGGCGAUGUUUCCGCUUCUGCGCAUCUUUGGGCAGCAUCCUCGCUGUAAUUUCUAUUUCUGUCCAGCCCUUGUUGAAGAAGCGGCAGAUGCUGGGCAUGAUGCGGGGGAACACGACAGAGACGGCUGAUAUGACUGUCUUUGCAGCGGCACCUGCCACGAACAUGUCAGUUCCUGACGUUUCGCUGGCACCUGCGUUGGAGCUUCCGCCGGAAACGGCUCCACCUUCCACAAGUUUUUUGGCCGGUGGGGCAGCACCAAGAGUUUGCGAUUCGGAGGAAAUCUCCGAUGCUCUGCAUAGCGUUUUCCAGGCCGAUGCAGUACAUGCGAUGCAAAGCGUGGCGUCGCCAGAUCCUGGAGGUGUCUCCAAAUGGUUCCGGAUCGGACUGCUCCGCAGUUGUUGUGCUGCAGGCAGAUGUCAAAGAGUGGGGGGCGAUGUUUUCCUGGCUUUUCUCGAAGGAAGAACUGAGGACGGCCUGGACCUCGUGACCCAACCUUUGGUGCAUGAUCUUCAGAACGGUUCCUACACACUGCUUGUUGCUGCUGAUUCGCUGCUGCCCAGUGGAACCUAUACUUUAAGAGUUUACUUGCACCAGGCCUUGAAUCGUUCUGUCUACCAGCACCUUGCCCAGGGUAAGCCCUGGCCCCUUGCAGAUCCCUCCGGCAAACAAAGUGCUUUGGACACAUUUGACCUGCACCUCUCCUCUUCCAAGAUCCUUGGCAAAGAUCUGCGAUCGAUGUAUGUGCACCUUGUAGCCAAUGCCUCCGUGGCGGGGACUCCCUGGGAGCUGCGGUGGAGCUGGCCAGGGCCUGGGCCAUGGACGUCGGCCAUGGCAAGGUUGCCACCUUGUCCAAGACACUCAGGUGUCUUCCGCCGGGAGGGUGGGUUCUGGCUUCAAGUGGGAGGCGCUCUCAAAUGUUCCAAUCUGGGGGUCGGUGGUUGUGGUGAGCUGGGCCUACUGCGCCCGGACCCUGAGUUCCAUCAUGUCUAUGUCGAGCGCUCCUGUUACUAUCCCGUGCGCAAUGGGGCGGCCAUACAAUCUUGCCUGAAAAAGCAGAAGGUAGUUUUGUUAGGCGACUCCACUACACAAGGGCUCCUCAGCGAAGCACUGGUGAUGUGGAGCGAGAAAAAGCCUUACAAGAGCUUCGAGAACAAGAGCGAUGUUUGCAGCUACAAGCAGCACUAUGAGCCACGCCGCGGCCGAUGGGUUGGCCAAUGGACCAGCCCCUACUGUGAUGCGAAGGGAAGUGUUACGAUGUCGGACGUUACCUUGGGUGGACGCGCCGUCAUUCAUUCUCCGCAGUGGAGCUACUUGCGCUCACCGCAGUGCAAAGGGUUGGGUAAUUUGGCCGACAGGCAAGUUGGCCGGGAGCUUGCAAAGCAGCUGAACGCUUUCAGCAUUGUUGUCCUACACUCUUGUGAUCACGACCUGUGCAACAAGAUCAACCCGAAGCCAAAACUUUUGCAACAAUACAGGAUCAACCUGAAGAGGUUGGCAAAAUUGCUUCAGGCACAUGCAAAGAGAAAGCGGAUCAUUUGGCUGUCUUGUGCUGCGCAAGGCAACCUAGCAGCAACACAGUAUUUUACACAAACGCAACUGUUCAAGUGGCGAAUGGACCGACUUGCAUUGGAGAUGUGCAGGGAGAAUGGCUGGGAGUUCGUGGAUGUGUUUUCCUUGACUUCAGCCGCGCUGCUCCGGCUUAAAUGGUGGCACCAUCGGGGAAAGGCUGGGGACGUGCACACUCACUCGCAUUGCUGCCCCUUCGGUGACCGUGCAGAGCUUGCGCAGCUCGAGUUGGCCAAGAUGCAGGAGGCGCUUCCGUGGCAAUUGGCCUGGCAGGGGGGGGUCGGCUACCUCAGCAGGACUGUGGUUCAGGUCCUCUUCAAUCAAAUUUGUGCGCCAGCCGCUUGA